AUGCAAAAUUCAGGAACAGAACUGCCUAGACGUGGCCGGUUUAUUUCCGGUGCAGCUUAACGGAAGGCAUUUAUUUUCGUUAUUUCAAAAAGGGAAGUUGAAUGAUUAACGAUGAAAACCGGUUAUGAACUUCCUUCAGCAUCGACGGAAAUAUAAUAUGGCCAAUCAAACCACAAAUGAACAUGUACAUCGCUAUGCCUCAUUAAUUAUGAACAUAAAAAUGGUGUCAUGCAAGCAAUUCACCAAUCACAAUCUACCUGGCAACGAUCUUAUAAAGCUUCGUUCCUUCUUCCCCCUUGAUAUAUUUGUAACCAGAACUCGAUCAAAUCAACUAGACCAGGAGCUAUACACGUUGAGCGUGAUUUAGUAACAUGGCGAGCUUCAGUCAGCUUGCCUGUCUGAGUUUCUUUUUGAUCACUGUCCACUUGAAUUUCCAAGUAUGUCAGGCAGCAAAUUGCAACAACUGUUGCAGCGACUCAACUUACAAAGAGAUCAACGAGCCUCGACGUAGCAUCAAGAGUGUCUGGCAACCGGGACAACCAGCAUUGUGUGAUCGCGACUUGCAAUGGGGAUGGUAUCGCUUCACAAGUGAUGCUGGCGGAAAAGUCAUGAUGCCAGAAAAGACAGUGCCAGAAUAUCACUGCGGAACACAUGACCCUAUUUGGUUAAACGGUCGCCAUCCAACAGUAGCAGAAGGAAAUGUUGUUCGCCAAGUAUGCAUCAACAGUUUUGGCUUCGUCUGCGACGACACCUUCGACAUAAAUGUCAAAAACUGUGGCGAUUACUACGUUUACUAUCUUAGGCCAACCUACUAUUGCGCAAUCGCUUAUUGCGCUGUAUUUGUGUCUGUUCUUAGGCCGGGCAGUGUUGUGGUGGAAUUUCAGCUGUCGUUCAAAAACAAGCUGGAAGAUGACAGAGCUUUGAUUCCGUUGAAAAAGGCUAUACAGGACGGCAAACUGGGCCCUCUAACUGUCGAUCCUGAAUCCCUUAAAAUCAAGAAGGACGCUGAGGGUAAUUGCAAGCCUAUAUCGGAGGGAUGA